AUGGAUACCGAAAAACGAAGUUAUCAAGGCGAGAUUGACUCCGAGUCAUUCAGUAGCGAGCAGGACGGCCUAGUCUCUGGCUCUUCUCGUGUGCCUGGGAGGCGAACGAGGCCGAGAAUGAUGACUUGCUGGAUCGUUCCGGCAUUAAUUCUGUGUUCUAUCAGUUUGAACAUUUUCCAGGUGGUGUAUAUUGCUGUUCGUCGUCCCAAGUGUCACUCGCUAUAUGCCAAAUUGCCGGAAAACGAGAUCACGAUUCCCUUCCACUACGCCACAGAGUACAGUUCGGACGAGUACACUGGCGAGGAUAAAGAUGCUCUCUGGAAUUCUAUCGAUAUAAGCGAGGGGUUUGUCGCUCUGACACACGAGGAAUCGGAUGCCUUGGGCUUACCACGGUCUCAAACAUUCCCGUGGGAUGUGAACAAGGGCAUAAAGAAGCCACUGGUAGCCUAUCAUCACAUAGAGCACUGCCUAGAUCUACUUCGACAGGACAUCAUAUGCCACGCCGAUGACUUCAUGGACUUCACCGGGGGCCACGGUGACGAGUUCCUGACUGGUGAUAACCAGCCGCGCAAGUGUCGUGACUGGAACAAGCUGAGCGACUGGGUGAAGGAAAGGAGUGCCUGCUAUAAGACAGUUAACAUCACUCGCGCUGGGGAAGAUCACGGCGUCACGCACCAGCUUGACAGGUACACGCAUUGCCCUAAAGGGAGCCCAUACGAGCCCUUGAUUGAAGCCUGGAAAGACUUGGGCCGCUUUAAUCCGGGGAAUUUGCCCAAGGAGUCAGUUGAUUCCCUUACAGAAACGCAGCGCAAGAAAGAUGCCGAAGAAUUAGCAGCCCAUAACCACGAUAUCCUGGAUUCCGACUAA